AUGGAGGCGGCGGGCUCCAGGUGGGUGGGAACGGCGGCGGCGGCGGCUGUCGCGCUUGCGCUGGCUGGAUUCUCUGGUGGGCAUGAAAAAAGGGUUAUUGGGGAGAAAGAAUGAUGGGAAUCUAGCAGAGCUCUUCUGUAAUGUAAUGUGUCGUCUCAAAAUCUGCAGCCCGCCGCCGGUGGAGACGAAGAUGCAGGGCCUUGGCCGAGCGAGUAAGGGAGCUGGAGGCGCAGCUCAAGGCUUCUGUGGAGAAGGGCGCCGCCGAGAGGUGCGGCAGGAUCAGGGCCCAGCAGGUACGGCCUUCUUUGGCGCCGUCUGCGGACGCUGGGUCAAGUUUUUACGGUUCCGCGGUUUCUGGGUUGGAAGAAUUUUUACUACGGGGGUUUUAGGUUCUGCUGCGAACUCUCCUCCUAGGCUCUGCGAAAGGCGUUGGCCCGCGGGCAGGAGACUUCACCUUCAUCGUCGUCGUCGUCAUCUUCUUCGGGUUCUUACCCGAUGACCCCCAUGGCCACAGUCAGGUCGUGCUUCUCCACGAGGUAGGUAAUCUCAUGGCUGCUUGUGCUUUCGCGAGAUUUACAUCUUGCGGGGGUGACCAUAUGGACGGGAAUUCCCAGGAAUGGGACGCCGAGACAGCCCUUGCUGGUCCCCUUAGCCAGGGCAUGCCUGACGCUCGACACCAGCCGCGUCCCUCCGGGUGCCCUCGAAGGUCUCGCAGAGUACUCCCAUUGUUGGAUCCUUUACGUCUUCCACCUGAAUACGGACCUGGAGAAGCUCUGGAAGCAUCCCUCUAGAUCGGGUUUCAAAGCAAAGGUUAGAGCGAGAAUCUUCUCCCCAAAUUAUGGUGUGCGGCUUGCUCUCAACUUGUUUCGAAAAGGAAGCAGUUGAGUUAUCGUCUCUUCUCUGCGCCAGGUGAGAGUGCCCAGGCUCAAGGGCGGUAAGAUGGGAGUCCUCGCCACCAGAUCUCCGCAUCGGCCUUGUCCAAUCGGUCUCACUGUUGCCAAGGUAAGGACGAACUUUGCAGUCACGGAGAGAUUUUUCACUUGCCAAUUCUAGUAUCUCCUCUUGUGGGAAAAGAAAAAGUCUUAUUUUGGGUUGAAGCCAAAUAAAUCUAAGUGAUCAGAGUUUUUUUACAAGUGUAAAAAGUCUUCCUGUAUUAAGUCGGCCAUCUUAUUUUGGGGAAGAAGUAUUUUUUUUCUUAAUCUUUCUGAAUUUAUGGUGCUCUCACAUGAAGCUCCUAAUGGUGACAAAUUGGCUGAGAAACAUAAACCCAUUCUACUGGUUACAUAUUGAGUGUUGAUUUCCAGGUGGAGGGAGUGGAUGGGCGUGCCGUUCUACUUUCGGGGGUUGAUCUUGUUGAUGGAACGGUAGCCAGUUUCUCUAAUUCCUUGUGGUGGGAAGUGCUAUAUUUUCGGUUAUGAACGCGGGCUUAGGGCAUGCAUGCAUUCAUUUUGAUGUUUGUGGACAGCCUGUGCUCGAUAUAAAGCCAUAUCUACCCUAUUCCGACUGCGUUCGAGGAGCAAGAACGCCCACAUGGCUGCAGGUAUUUUUUCUAAGAUUUUUUCAGUUAAUUAGCUUCUUCAUUCCUUCAACUGCUUACUUAAUGUAUAUGGAAAUGGCCAGCAGAUGUUCUUGUGAAAUGUCUGAGAAUGAAGAUUCAUACUGUAGAUCUUUGCCAGUAGCUCUCCUUUAGGAUGAUGCUAUCUGAUGAGUUUCGGACGGUGAUUUUUGUUUGUCGGGCUCCUUCUUCUUUUCUAAAAGAGGGAACUGUGAUGAAUAGUUCAUCCUGGGUGAGGAUUUUCAUUUUGGGUCUCAGUGCCGUUUCAGCAAGUCUGGUAAACUCUCAAAGGAAUCAGGAGAUAUGGUUUGAUUCUUCAUAAUCCUUUUCAUCUUAUCUUUGGGCCUUCCCGUCCUAGCCCCUUUUUCCUUCUAUCAGUGCAGUUGUGCCGUGGAUUUCUGCCUUUCCCUUUCUUUCUGGCUCCUCCUCCCUCUCUAAAGAUCAUAUUUUAGACGGUUGUGAUCUUAUCUCAUUUACUGUGCAAGAUCUUAUGGGAGUACACCAAAACUUUUGAAGGCAUUCUUUGUGAAUGAGUGCAGAAUCAGGGAAAUAUUCGAAGCCUAGUUCUGAUAUUAUGCUUAUCUCAAAGAAAUGGAUCUUCUCCCAAUAAAAAGAAGAAGAAAAACGCAUCUUAAUCCGAAGUUCUCAAAACCAGUGUGGUCAUGCUCUCUCCUUGGUUCUUCUGUAUCAGUUGGGGAAGCACUUUGCCAGAGUUUAUUGAGAAUGACAUGGCUUGCUGCAUCUUCCAGCUGUUCUGAUGUAGAUAUCAUAAACGCCUGCGUAUUUCUAUAACUUAGUGUUCCUUUCGAUUUCGUCUCGAGUUCUAAUCACGUGCUUAUUCUGCAUUCUGCAUACGGCAAUGGACAUCUGCUGCGCGCAGGAGAGCAGCUCACUGGAUGUGGCUUCUGUUCAAUUCUCUGAGGGCUUCUCUUCCUUGCUUGCUAAGUGCUGGGAAGCUGCUGUGAGUACUCCCUUAAUUCAAGCUCCGAUAUUUUAAUGGCAUCCAUAAAGCUGUACGCGGCGAAUUAUUAUUGCAUGGAAGCACACUUUCUGGACGAAAACCUGUGGGCCAUCUGAUUUUGGUUAAUUAAAAUUAUGUUAUCUAAGAACAGAUGAUGCCUAGAAAAAGUUGGUGUGGUCGGCGGCCAUUAUCUUCUGAUGAUUUGUGGUUUGAAUAAAACACUUGUCUGAUUCAUAAAUAUUAUAAUCUUCUUCUGAACUAGGGGGUUUUCUUUUCAAAUCAAAUGAUUCGCAUCCAUCAAAGUCUAAUAUUUUAAGCCAUUUAAUCCCUCUGUACGCUGUUGUGAUUGUUCCAGGGGAAAUGGUCAUUAUAUGCUUCUGACGAUGAAUUAAAGGACUUAAUCAGGCAAGUUCUUUCUUGGGAUAUAAGGUCCAUGUCUCAAAGGAAUCGCCCUCAUGAUGCAACAUCAGCGGAUAAAUCCGGAGCUUCUGAUGUCCAAUCAGACAUGGGGAAUGAAUCAGACGAAGGAUCCAGAGAGUCUGCUCGAGCCUCUUCACUCUUACCUGAUGAAGUGACGUACCACUUAAUAGUGGAAGGGGUGGAUAUCACGUACAGGAUUGAUGAAAAUUCCAACAUCAUGGUUGAGGGAGCCUCACUUUCAAAUAUAAAAAAUAAUUCCAGGCACUCUGGAAGUAAUGCUACAUGGAGAAACAAGUUUUCUUAG